AUGUUUAAGCGCGCUUAUGUCUACGCCUGUACGGCACCCUUGCCGGAAGCCGAUACAGCGGAGGAAACGGACUACGCCGUACUCACGGAAAUUGCAGCACAUCUGCAAUCCGAGCGUACACAAAAGCCGAGCAAACGCAGAAAUGUGGAAACAGUGGAAAGCGAUGAAACGGCGGAACAAUCGCAAAAGGAUGACGACCUUAUAGUCUAUAUGACGGGAGGAAAAGUCGCAAAGUGCAAAGUAUGUAAGGGGAAGACGAUGCUUAACGAGGACGCCGUGAAGAAGCAUUUAGACAGCAAGGCACACAAGAAGAACCGGAAGAAAGGCGAAAAGGAAGCCCUUGAAGCAGAAGAAGUACGGCGCCGCUUCAUGAUGCGCAUGGAAUCACUCGAGAGAAGGACGAAACAAAACGAUCGCAAACGCGACAAACGCGCGGACGCCGACGAAGCCCAGAAUAAGUGA